CUCCGAUCGGCAAAAUGAAAGCUAAAAUUUUAGAACUUGCGGUGCAGUCGAGUUGCCCCGAAAAAGAUUGCCUGAAAUGUUUCGAAUGUCUUUUUCAACCCGUGCUCAAAAUUCUAAGCAUCACCGGCAUGUACGGCUGUUUUUCGGAUCAAAAGAAAAAUACCCCCGAAGAAGAAUUGAUAAACAAGCGCAGAAUGUUACUUGGCAAAGCGUUAAACAUGUGCCUUUGGGCAUAUUUUGGUAGAUGUUUCCUGCUCAUGUUUACUUUCAUCCCGGGUUUCUACCAUUACGUUAAGAUAGGAUGGAUAGCGGAAAGGUUUAUGUAUCACCGAAAGCCUGCUCUAUCCCCGCUAGUUAUUGUUGCCUCCUAUUUCUUUCGUUGCGCCACUAUUUCGGGAAUGUUUAACAAGCCCUCUAAACCAUCAAAAACGCGAAAAUCUCUAGCAGUUCUUUGGGAAGAAGUCAAAGCCACUACUGCGGAACACAGGCAAACAGAAUUCGAUUUGAGUCACAUGGAACGUGCUCUGGCUUUUGGGGUAUAUCCAUUCAUGAUCUUUGCUUCUAUGGCAUUCACCUUACCAUACGCCUAUACUUGCUAUUCUCACUUGGCCGAGAAAUACGGUUUUGCCUUGGCUAUGCUCUCGACCUUACCUAUGCUAGGAGUUCAUUUCAUUUCUUACGGAAUUUGGCUAUCCAGCGUGCUAUGCUUCGUGGUCAUCAGUACAUCUCUGACCAAAAGAUUCGUAGAGGUGACGCGGGAUCUGAUCAGAAUGCAACAAAGUCCCGAACCUGGAGUCACCGGUGAUUUGGAUGGAGUCCAACUGAAGCACCACAAAAUGUGCAACGUGGUCCAAGCAGCGGACAGACUGUUCCAGAGCUAUUUAUUUUGCAGUUAUGUCAUGUUCAUUCCGGAAACUUGCUAUGGCCUUUUCCAAUUGAUAUUUAUCACUCGAGGAGCCACCUAUCAGUUGUAUCUGGGUUGGAUGGUGGCAGUAGGUUUGGCUACGUUUCUUAGCCUUUCUCUAACUGCAGCUUCGGUUUCUGGUGCGGCUCACAGCUGUCAAGGUCCUAUUCGGGGAUUAUCAGUCAAAGACUUAACUUUAGAUCAACAUGUUAAGAUCACUAUGUUUCUGGAAAGGUUGAGCGGACCUACCAUUGGUCUGAGUUGUCUGGAUUUAUUUGUAGUGACAAAAGGCGUAGUUUUGAGCGUGGCUUCUGCUGUUGUGACCUACUUCUUGAUUUUCGUUCAAUUCAACUCUGAUGACAGCAAAUAAACAGGAUCAUUCCUCCAUUGAUUCAUUCAGUUAUAAGGAAAUAUAUUGCACCACUCACACCUAUUUUGAUGUCUGAAGGAUAUCAUUUUGACCUGAUUUAAAUUCACAGAGUAGAAUUAAAUUGAUAAAAGAAUCUAUCUAAAUACUAAAUUUUAAAAAUUUAAUGGGUUUCUUAAGUUUUUACUAUGAUUUCUAUAGUGAAAACUCAAGCAAUCCACUAGUUGGUCAGAUGACUAAGGCAGUUAAGGCAUUGUCCUGUCACUCUGGAAACCUGGAAUCAGAUUCAGGUAAACACCACGAAUUUUUCGUGGAUGGUCUGUCCUAAAUAUGUCAAGCCCUUCCCUUAGAGAAUGGGGCAUCCUCUUCAUUAUGGGUCUGGCUGAACCCACUAUGGGUAUGAAGCAAGGGCAAAAGCCCUAGUGCCUACAGAGCAGUGUGCUAAAAGAAAGAAAAAAAAAAUUAGUUCUAUAAUGAGAAACAAAGCAAACCAUUAAGUCCAUAAUGAAGCUGAUAGUGAUAAAAUUGAUGACUUUGUAGGAUCUGAGUUCAAGUCCUAUUCUGAGCUUAUAAUUUAUUAUAUAAUAUGGGUUGGGUGUCUUUCCUAUCCUUUACCAAUGCUGGAUGAUUCCACUGUGGGUCUGACCUGCCCGUAGAGAGAAAAAUUGUAGCCCCAGCUAAAUUAGUAUGAUACAAACAAAUUCAUAACAAUUACAAAGCUAAAGCACUUGGUCUAUUUCAUUAAAAAUCUUGGGUAUUAUAAAUGUAAAAUUUAGGCCAAAUAUAUCUUUCUUCACCAUGGAAUUUCUCACAAAUAAUAGAUUUAUAUACAUGAUCUAAUAUAAAUUCAGGCAUGAAAAGUACUUUGAAUUCUUGGCAUGACUUUCUGUUUAAAGAUAAGUAAAGUUAAUUUUUCAGUUAAUUAAACUUU